AUGCCUCAACUACACAUAGACGAAGUUUAUCCAAAAGAAAGCGUAUACCCAAUGGUUGUUAACUUUCAAAAUGGUUACAUAACACAAAAAUUCAAGACAAGUGAAUGCGUUUUACUGCAAGACGAAAAAAGUGGGAAAAAGACUGUGGCAACGGAGUUAUGCGACUUAAUAUACAGCGGAGAAGAAGAACAAGAAGAUUUAGGGCGAACUUUGAUACUGGCACGGGACAAAACAACGGGAAAAGUGCGUUUAAUAGAAGUUGGUACUGUCGAGUUGAAACCGUGCUUACAAUCAAAUUUAGACACUACGGAAGUAAUGGAAAAUAGUUAUUUAGAGCUCAGUAGAAAGUUCGGAUCAAAAAAGCAUAAACAGAUAAUGGAACAACGUGAAAAAUUGAAGAUUAAUGUUGACACUGUCACCGAACAAAUGCAUAAUGUCACUGCAAGCGUUACUGAAGACCAGCUAGACUUAUCUUCUUACAACAAAAACGAUUCCGAUGAGUUCUACAUACCCCCUAUAAACAGAGGAGCUACUAAAGUUGAAGAAGUGUAUGAUAUUGACACUAUACUAACUCCGGAACAGCGUGAAAAGAUCUUUAGCGAAAUACAAGGAACAAAGUAUUUAACAGAGUUAAAUCCUUUUUUGAAAUCUAUGGCAGCAAAAGAUCUAUCGGAGAAACAAACUGUUUUACUUGUAUAUGCACAAACGCUACUACAAUUAUAUGCAACACUAAUGAAAGAUAUAAACCGUAAGAACUUCGCAGCGUGUCCAUACUCCGUGACUCUAAAUGAUAUUGUGCUGAAAAAUUUCUUAAGUAAUGUAAACGGAGUUGAAGUUGACUCCGCGGACUGUUACAUCGAAGGUUGCGUUGACUGGUGCGACACUGGUAACGAUUGGUACGAAGAAGAUUGCUCAGUUAAAGUUACCGUUAAGUAG